AUCAUUGCAUACUUACACACUUUAAUGAAGACUAAAUGAGACAUAAACAUGCAAACCGAAAGUUCUCCGGAAGAGAGAUAGAUCUCUUGUUACCUAACAACUAUCUUUCUGUUCAUGAAUGAAUGACCGUAAAGACAAACGACAUUAAAGAUAUUGUCAAACAUUCGUGACCUGGAGGUCAGCCUCAACGAUAGGGGCGUUGCAGUUCGAGGUACAAAGGUAGCUUUCUUAAGAGCAACACCUGCAGGACUCCAGUUACAGAGGAACAAGGAAAUGGAAAAUGAACAACUGAUCGACUCUAGGCGUGCUGUGCACUGACGGCGAUCUCUGCCAUGGGGAGCAGUUUAACCAAAACUAUAAAUAAAUGGGGAAUAAAUCCAAGAAAACUUUCACAAAAACAGUCAAAAAGAAAAGCAGGUCCGCCCGUGGUUCCUUCCCAUCAGCAGGCCCGUGUUGAUGCUCACACGUAUGACCUUGUGUCAGCUGAACCACAGUAUGCUCAGGUGAAUAAGAAGCAGAAGCAGAACGAGGAGGGUUUACACUAUGCAGAGGUUCAAGUCCUGCGGUCCGAAAAUACAACCGGCAGAGGAGAACUGAAACAGACUUCGAACUACAACGGCACAGAGUACGCGACCAUAGACUUUAAAACUACCGCGAAUGCACAGAUGUCGGCUGAACCUGCAGAUUUAUUCAUCCCUCCUGGAGAGCUACAGAGACCAAACAUGAGCUUUUCCCACAGGAAGAAUGUCCAGUCAAAGCGAGGAGUUGUGGCGUGAAUAAUCAUAAUAAAAAAACACACUUCUGUUUAUUUUUGUAUUGCUGUUGCGCCUUUAAACAAGGCACAAUCUGUUCUCGUCACGGAGCAUAAAAGUCAAGUGCCAUAAAGACGA